GAACAGUAGGUGGCGAUGGUGCUCGGCUAGGUGCACAUAUCCAACAGAAGAAGAAGAAGUUGGAGAGGGAAAUCCAAAACAGCGCAGGUCCUCUGCACGGUGUUGUGAAGUUAAAAGUUGAGCUGCAACAGCGUCUGUAAAGUGGUGACAACUGUCAAAUCGUUCGAAAAAAUGCAGAAGGCUUCCCGUUUGAAGCGUGAACUUCAGAUGCUGAGCACCGAGCCUCCUCCCGGGAUAACAUGCUGGCAGACGGAGGAACAGAUAGACGACCUGCGGGCUCAGAUAGUGGGUGGAACAGAGACCCCGUAUGAAGGUGGGCUCUUCACUUUGGAGAUCAAGGUCCCAGAAAGGUAUCCAUUUGAGCCUCCUAAAAUGCGUUUCUUGACUCCAAUCUACCACCCAAACAUUGACAACUCAGGGCGUAUCUGUCAUGAUGCCCUGAAACUACCGCCAAAGGGUGCUUGGAGGCCAUCUCUAAACAUCUCCACAGUCCUCUCCUCCAUUCAGCUGCUCAUGGCCGAGCCCAAUCCAGAUGACCCACUCAUGGCUGAUAUAUCAUCAGAGUUCAAAUACAACAAACAGCUGUUUACGGAGAAAGCCAGAAAGUGGACACAAGAACACGCUGUUCAGAAGAACAUGGGAGUUGAAGAAGGCAACAAAGAAAAUACUCCAGGUCAUAAAGCUUCAUCCCGCAAAAGAGAGGCUUUCACUGCCCAUCUUGAAGCAGAGGAGCCCACAAAGAAAACCUGUGUGUAGUUUGCAUCUUGCUUGUUAAAGUCAAAGAUCUCUCUUUUCAAGAGCCACCAAGCCUUAUACCUGUCGACCUUUAAAGGGUAUGAUUUUAAAUAUUAUAUUUAGUGCUUAUUCAUACUUCCUUUUACCAUGUAUGCAUUCCUUUUUCUAAAUCCAGAAAUACCCACAUAUUUAUAUGUAUAAUUUGUAUAUGUAUUUGUUUGAUUUGUGAUAUUAAAGUUGAGUUUGAACACUAA